GUCGCCGCCUCUUUUGGUAUAAUCGGAACACAGAAGACAAUGGGCUCGAAUGAGGAAAUCCUAAGUGCUCUGAAGAUCCUCCAGAAGUACAAUUUAAAAGAAUCGGAGCUUGCUUUAAAACAAGAAGCUGGUCUCAUUAAUGAAAAAAUUGCUGAGGAGUUUCUGAAAUUUAAAGCGUCAGUUCCUUCUACUUUUUGUUACGAUCCUUCAGUCAAGUAAAGGAUGAACCAGAGAACUUUUGCGCUAACUACCAGUCUAUUCUCACAUUUAUGGAUUCGGUUCCUGAUGUACAUAAAGUGGAGUUGUCUACGUUACUCUUCCCUAUUUUUGUCCAUAUGUAUCUCCGUCUAAUCAGUGGAAACAUUUGUGGAGAGGGUAAUUUCAUUCGUUUUCUUAUGAAGACAGCCAAAAAGUUCCUCGUAACCUUCAGGAAAUAUCAAGAAGAUUUUUACCAGUUAGAUAUUAAUAUGCUAUCGAACAUUACUAGUUCACAACACUUGUCAAUGAAUCCUUUAAUUGAAUCGUUUAGAGCUUCCGAGUUUGUUGUCAGUGUUUCGGCCGAGUCUUAUUCACUUCUGCGUCAGUUUCUUCAAGAUAAAGAAAUGAAUGUCAUUCAAAGUAUUUUAAAGGAACAGUUAUCACUUGAAAUCGUCAAUGGCCCUCCUAGGUCAAAGCUCCAAGUCGAUUGCCGUCGUGGUGCUUUAUUUGGCGAGGCUCACUUUGACGCUAACAAAGAACCUGUUUUGUAUGGUCUUCUAAGAGAUCCUACAUUAGACUUACCAGCCGAAAUGGAUACUGAUCCUGGCUUCAAUGACAUUGAUGGGAGCAAUGUAGAUAAUAACGAAGAUAACGGGGAUCAGAGUGUUGCGAAAAAGAAAAAACGGAGGGAUGGUAUGACGUCAGGUUUUGGACAUCCUGGUAGACCAUCUCUUUCAAAAGAUGUUAGCAAAUCUGACUCCAACUCUCCAGCUCUUGAUCGAAUUCCGCUGCCUAAGGUAGUUUCUAUCUACUUGUUGCUUGUUUUAUAAUCGAUUGUCAUCAAUUUGUUUUGGAAGAGCUUUGUAUUUAGGAUACCGAGAUUUCUAAAGUUAGCAUCAGUUUAGUCCCCUAAAUCACAUUUAGUUUGCUCUGUCCCGAAAGCCUGUUGAUACUUGAGUUCUGUGUACGUUUGUUCAAUGAUAGAUGUUUUUCAUGUGUGGACUUAUGUCGCUUAUUCAUACUCAGUACUUUCAUUGAUCGUGUAUUUUAAAGGCUGUAUUUUCUAAAAGUUAUUUCAAAACAAAAAUUCAAACUAAAUUUGGAUGUAGAUUAACAAAAAGUCCGCAACCACCAUUAGUGAUGGUGGUAAAGAGCUUUUUCUCUGUAAAUUCCAUGUAUGAAGGUAAGUUGAUUGUCAAUAACUGUAUACUGUGGUUUGCGACCAUUAAUACUUCUAUGUUCUAGCUGUUGUUUAUUUAUAAUUUUCUAGCUGCGCGAGUCAUACAUUGAAAGCAAACAAGCUCUUUCACGAGAGAUAUCUACUCUUCUACGUAAUUAUCAACAGCGAAAUCCACAAAAGUCAUCAAUCGGUACAAGCACAGUCCUUUAUACAAUAUGCAAUGCUCAGGCUGGUGAGUCAACCCUAGCUAUUCGAAGAGGUGGUGUUACAUGUUGCAGUUUCAGUGAUGACUCAUCACAACUAGCUGCUGGGUUCGGAUCAGGUCGUAUCCGUGUUUGGUCUUUAGGCCCCGAAUCAUUAAGGCGUAUGCUUCCGGCUUCAGAGUUGAGCUUACUGGAUAAAGAUGACUCUAGAGUAAAAACUAAUAUGUUAUAUGACGAAAAUGAUGAGACCCACCUAACUCGGGAUCUGCUAGGUCAUCUUGGCAGUGUGUUCGGUGUUGCGUUUAGUCCUGACCGACAACUCAUUGCUUCAGCUAGCUCAGAUGGCACUGUCCGAUUAUGGUCCACAUUAAUGUGGGGUGGUGCUCUAACUGCAUGGCGUGAUCAUCUUCUACCUGUUUGGUGUGUUACUUGGGCUCCCACAUAUGGUCACUAUAUAGCGACAGGAGGAGCUGAUCGUAGUGCACAUUUGUAUGCAACUGAUCAUGCACCAGAUGCUUUGCGUGUUUUUGUUGGACAUAAAGGAGAUGUGACGUCAGUGUGUAUACAUCCAAAUGUUAAUUAUCUUGCAACUGGCAGCGCUGAUCGAGCUGUACGCUUAUUUGAUGUUCGUUCUGGAAAGCUAACAAGGAUCUAUACAGGUCAUAAGGGUUCUGUUCAGAGUCUGGCGUUUUCACCUUGUGGUCGUUAUCUGGCUAGUGGAGGUUGGUGUGGUACUACAUGUCUUUGGGACUUAGGGUCUGGACAACAGGUUGGUCAGCUUGGAGGUUAUUCGGCAUCUAGGACUUCUGUAAAUCAGCCAAGUAGUGAUUGUGACUCUCAGGAAGCUAACUCAGACUCAAGUCAGUGGUUGACUGGUCCGGUUGUAUCUCUCGCAUUUUGUCCGGGUAAUUCAGGACGUUUGGCUUCGGGUGGUCUAGAGGGAGCUCUACGAAUAUGGAAUACAGUUAGUGGUUGGUCAACAGCUGUUACUACUCCAGCUACUGGUAAUAACGAUGAUAAAAACGCCAAAACUAAUCUUUUGGCAUUGCAUCGAUUCACUAAACAGCAGUUUGUCCGUCAAAACUCUAAAAUUAAUAAAAGCAGUGGAGUCGGAGGUCAUAAUGUUUUAGGAUAUUAUUCUUCAGCGACUGGUCCUGAUGUUUCUGAUGCAUGUGCUAAUGAAGUGUUUUUCACUAGACGUACCUCAGUCCUCGGACUACACUAUGUUCAUCCUUAUUUGCUUUUGGCAGCUGGACCAUAUAACCAAACCUGAUUGCUCUAAGUAGGUAUUCUUAAUGUACAGUUGAUUUUUAUAUUUAAUUCUCAAACAUUAUUUCGACACUUAUUGUUUAGAUGUCUUUUAUGCUACUGCAUUUCCAUAAAAGUAGUUUAUGUUAUGUCUCUAAUAUUUUCUAGGCAUCAGUGGUUUUUAUACGUUCGUUACUACGAUAUUUCAUUUACCUAUCCUCGAUUUUCCGAUUGUUUCAUUAAACUACUUUGUAAUUAACCAGCAUCAUGUACAAAGUGUAAAUUGAUUUUUCAAACAGAGAUACUUGUUUUUUAUUGUACUGGUGUUUACACCUAGUAAUGUCAUGCAGUCGUAAUCAACAUGGGGUCUGGCACAAAUAUAAAGUAACUCAAUUUACAAUUAAGUCAUCAAUAAUGGCGACAAUAUAUUUCGAAUAAAUUGAAUGGAAGCGUGAUUAUUAAAACUUAAGAUUCAGAGGAAGACCCGUACUGGCAAAAUAUGUUCCACUGCAACCAACUUUGAUUCAUGUCACUAAGAGUCUGUCACUAUAAAUUAUCUUGAAGAUGUAAACCUAGAAAUCCCCAUCUCCUGAGACAGUCAUGAAUUGAUCCCAUGUCCUAAGUUUGUUCGCCCCGAACUUUUUUCGACUUAAUGCAAUGUUAGCGACUAUUGUAAGUUGAUGUACGUGGUGGUUAAGCAUCCUAAACUCACCUUUAUGAUCCUACAUCAUCUACUGAAGACAUUCUCAAUGGUAUACUGUUUAUGGUUCAGAACAAACAUACAAUGAAAAGUGGGGGAGCUUCAAAGUCAAGUUUAGAAAGUUGGUUACAGAUUGUUUGAUGGGUUUAUGACGCUGUUCUCUCAGGAUUAUCUUGCACUUCACUUGCAUCAAGUAAUGAUACAGUUAUAGAUUAUUCGAUUGGCUAACUCAUUACUCCUGUUCAUGGAUUAAAUGUUACUCGUGUUUAGUCAUGUAACUGUCAGUAUCUUAGAAUAAUUGCAGAUAAAACAAUAUUCAACGUUUCUUACAUCUAUCUCUCUGCAAUUCACGAAAGUUCGUAUUUGUUUUUAAAGGAAAUACGGCGAAAGGAGAUGAGCUACGAAGAUAUAAACAAAGAUGGAUAAAUUAACCCUUUCUGUUGGGCUCUGAAUAAGAUUACCUAGUCCUUGCACCAACGGAUUAUGAGUAUAGGGGAUGCUAACCAAAUUUCCUGGGCUACCCAAAAUGAUAAAUGUUGGAGAAACACUAAAAUUGAAUAGUUGGACUGUAUUCCUGAAAUAAUGCUCAGUUUUCUCCCACAAACGGGCCGUUAAUUUACUUUAGACUAAUAUUUACACUAGAAACCCUCCUAGCGUCUAUUCUACAGAACUUCGACACAACUCGGAUCAAGAACAUGUGACUGGCCUGAUCAUAGCCUAAGUAUAUUACCAACCAACAACAAUAAUAACAAGGGUACGAAAGUAUAUAACGCAUCUAAUACCUGUCAGACUGUCUACUAGUCUGACUAGAUAAACCAAUCAUUAUUUCCUCAUCCACAGAUGAUGGAGAAAACUACCUGAAAUUCUAAAUGGUAUUCACACUGUUAAGUCUUUUUCCUCUGUCAAUUAUCACGUGACAAAUUUACCAAUCACAAUACCGACUUACAUGACCGUGUUCCUGCGUUAAACCAAUGACAUGUCAACCAGCACUAUCAGCCUUGCGUCAACUCUGAGUUUGUAUUGUUUCUCAAAAUAGUCACUUAUCACCUAGCCCUACCCAUUGAGUCCGGAACACAAUCUCAACCUCCACUGUAUUUCAUUUCAGACACACGUAGUUUAUAUACAAGCAAACCAGAUCGCAUCAUACCAUAAAAAGUAAAAAUUACACAAGACCGAGCCAAAAAUGGCUGUCAGUGUGAGAAACCAUAACUAAUGGAUUGGGAAUAACUUAGGAAUAGUAAAUUGUGAAAUAAUCAAUAGAUAAGUUGAAAGCUUAUGAUAAAAGAAAUAUAAAUCUAUAUAAUUUAGUCACUUAACAGUUAUACAAUGAGAAUAUAUAUAAUAACAGUCUACAAAUAGUUCUUGGAAGUUACCCAUAAUUUAAUUUUCGGAUACAACACCCCUUUUUCGAAGCAUUAAGGAUAAUAAAGACCAUAAGGACUUAUUCAGUUAGUUUUUCGUCGAAUGCUGUGCGACCGCUUGGAGGUGUUGUACACUUUCUCCUGCUACUUGAAUCCUUUUUAGUUUAAUUAUCCAAUCCAGUUAAUGUGUUUAAUAGUAUAGCCGGCUUUAAAUCACUUUCAGUUUCCCACUCUUGUCUGGUCGGCCGUAGUUGGUUUUCAUAUCGUACCUAUAUCUUCUCUCCAAUUUCCACUUCAUAAAUGACUUUUCCUUCAAUACGGAUUAUUGUUCCAAUCUUCCAGGUUGGCUUUACUCCAUAGAAAUCUCUUGUGACUAUCGUUUGCCCCACACUGAACUUUCUGGACAAUACACCGUGUUCCUUAUUGAAUCGUCGUUCCUGAAGAGGCUGGUUUUAGGUCUUGGUUUCAUUUGUUCUAUUAAUAUCUUAAUUUCCUUUUCAAACAUCGUUUCUGCUGGGCUUUCUUAAUUAUUUGUUGCUGGGUUUGGCGUUGCUCAGUAGGUUAACAAAAAUCUUUGAAUUACAUCCUCCUCCCCCUCCCUCAGCAUUAAUUAGUGUUCUUUAGCGACUACAAUUAUUUCAAGCCUAGGAUUGCAGUCGGUCAGCAACAGUGUAGAGGAUAAAAUUCUUUUUAUUUCGUCGAAAGAAUUUCGACAUUCGUUUGCGCAGUACCAUGUUGCUUAGCUAUCAAAAGUUGGUUUAAUGGGCGUCGCAAUUUGUUCAUGUAAGGUACGAACAUACUAUAAUAUCCAACAAUCCGCAAAAAUGAACAGAGCAUUAUAACAUCAGUCGGUCUGGGCAUGUUUUUGAUAGCAUUUAUAUUACAUGGAUCUGGCCGACAACCAUCCUUAUCAAAUAUAUAUCCAAGUUAUCUAACAGACUCGAGCGGGAAUUCACACUUUUUUUUUGUCACUGAAAACCAGCUUGCAAUAUUUUAUUGAGCACAACGUCCAGCUGGCCCAUUAGUUCUAGAGUUGAAGAACCAAUAGUUAUGGUAUCCAAAUAAACUGAUACACCAAGGUUAGUAUCCAUUUCAAAUAUAGAAGUAAGAUGUGCUUUUUUUCAAAUAUAACCUAAAUAUGGGAUUGAAGCGGAAAAAAAUCUUUCCUAGAUAUUUACAAAUUUUGUUAAUUUGACGAACUGUUACGUAGCUAAGAGCUUCAUUUCUCUUUUUAGUAAAUAUUGUCGCGUACAUACAUUUAUUUUUAGUGAAAAGGAUUUAUAGUAGUUAGAAGUAUUCGAAUUAAUGUGCUCAAUAAGAAUUCCGAAAUAGUGCAAUUUGAGACAGUUAGAAAUAGAUGAACACAAAUGAACGUAUUAUAUUUGGAAUUCAUAAUCAGCGGGAAUUCGAGUCCAAAGGAAUCAUUAGUUCGUACAAGUACUACAGGAUUAUAUAUCCAUUCGAAUUCACUUUCAGAAAACUGAACUCAAAGUGAAUUUUCACUUUUGUGAUUUUCUCCAUCUUUUUGAGUACACAUUUUAAAUCUUGAAUCACACUGACUGAAUUUCACUUGCACCCACUAAGAUUAAGUGCGUUAACACCAUUAUUCUAUACUCUAACGAUCGAUAGCCUACAAAACAUUCUCACUCUUUCCCAAGUUACCGAUCAGAACACUGAAAAGACCAGCCGAUUUCUUCGUGUCAUUCGGUAUUCUUUAUGUAUUUUCCAAAACCCACGUGAUUGUGGACAUAAAAUACACGAUCACAACUCACCAUAAAAAAUUCAAUAUAUUACAUCACUAAGAGCAAAUUCGCGAAACAGGUUUACAAUUAGAUGAAGCGACGAUUAAUUAAUUGGAUAUGAAGAAAUCCAGGUAGAUUUAAACGAAUCGUAUAUAAAACCUUAAAAUCAAACUGUGGAUCAUUAGAAAGAUUACAGUCGAUUAGAUGUUCAAGUAUGUUCAAGAGUAGGUGAACUGGUAGACGGAUAUGGAUGCGACUAGACGUGGAAGCUUAUCUUUUAUGUAUACAGAAAACACAUUCUUACUACUGAACGUUAUUUUCAGUUUUGCUGCAUAGAAUGUUCUUUUUGUCGCUAUCGUUAUACGAUUUUUGAUUACAUCAACUCGGAUACAGGAACAUGUCUCGGUGUGAUUCUACAAGGGUGAGAGGAAAGCAGUUACGAGUUCCAUACUCGGACAUCUAAUCGACUAUAAUCAUUCUACUGAUCCACAGUUUGAUUUUAAGGUUGUAUAUAUGAUCCGUCCAAAUUAAUUAAUUGAAUAAAAGUUUACGAUUAGGACAACAAUAAAAUAUCAUAAACCGGCUGUUUUUCUGAAUACACUAAAAAUACAUAUACUGAUUCUGCAGAAAAUAACUUCCAAAGUUUCAAAUUUCUACUUAGUCUAUUUAUUCUAAUCCAUUGAUUAUUAUUUAAUUAUUUAUUUAUUUGAACAUAUAAAUAUUGGUACAAGAAUGCGCCAAAUAUAUAUGCGCUACACAAAACAAUGAGAAUUUAAGGGGAAGGAAGAAAAAGAAGAGAAUGAUAACGAAGAGAUUGAUGUAAGGUGGUGUAAUAAUGAUAAUGGUGAAAACGGGGGAACGGAAAGGCACAAUCAGAAGAAAUCUUUCAGGAUUCAUCCUAUUCAUAAGAUGGAUCAAUGACUUAAAAUCACAGAGAAUAAAUCAUGUAACGCACAAAUUUAAUGGAGAACAGUUUCAGAGAAGAUUGGAUCUCGUUCUUUUGCGUCCUAACUAAAUUCUGAUAAUGGACCAAUCAAAUAGAGGGCUGAACAUUCAAUUGAAUGUCUUUUUCCAUUUCUUCCAAUCACAAAGAGAAUAUGAAAUAUAAUUUGAUAGACAAACAUAUUUGUUUAUUAAUUAACCAAAAUAAAACGAAUAGGAUUUCAUAGACCUUCACAAAUCAAAUUAUUGUACGCUAUUGGAUUCACGGUGGAGUGUACACUCUCAUUCUUUAUUAAACGGGAUUUUUAAGAGUACACAAACGAUGACUGAUCAGAAGUUAGCAAAAGCAAAAGUGGUAUUUGUAUUAGGUGGACCAGGAAGUGGUAAGGGUACACAGUGUGAAAAAUUAGUCCAGAAAUUUCAUUUCAAUCACUUAUCCAGUGGUGAUCUUUUACGAGCUGAAGUUCAAUCCGGUUCACCAAAAGGUAAAGAGUUAAAAGCUAUGAUGGAGAGAGGUGAACUUGUUCCUUUGGAAGUUGUUUUAGCUUUACUUAAAGAAGCAAUGAUUAAACUGGUUGACAAAAAUUGUCAUUUCCUUAUCGAUGGAUAUCCACGUGAACUGGAUCAAGGCAUUAAAUUUGAAAACGAGGUAUGUCCUUGUUUGUGUGUGAUUAAUUUCGAUGUGAGUGAAGAGGUGAUGCGUAAAAGACUACUGAAAAGAGCAGAGACUAGUAAUCGUGUUGAUGAUAAUGAAGAGACAAUUGUGAAACGUUUUCGCACUUUCAAUGAAUUAACAAAACCUGUUAUUGAACACUAUAAGAAAGAAAAUAAAGUAAUCACUAUUGAUGCUUCUGGUACAGUAGAAGAAAUUUUCGAGAAAGUUAAUCAUGGACUUCAAAAAUUCGGUGUGAAAUAAUUCAAUUCGUUUCAUUAGAUCAUUACCGCCAACAUAUUCACCUAAUUUCAUUACUUUAUUUUUUAAGUGUCCUAAAUAUUAAUUUAUCUUCUAUUGUACUACUACUGUUUAUAAUAUGGUUAUUACUAUUAUUAUAUUGAUUUAUAUUUUAAAACCUUAGAUGAUAGAUAUUACUUACAAAUAGUUUAUUAGUACAACCACAUAAUCAAUAUAUAUGACCUGAUUUCGUCCAGAAGAAUAUAUUUUGUUUUGUUUACUUUUCAUUGAUAGAAGCAACUUCUUUGUUUUGUCCUAAUUACUCACCUUUUAAAUGUUUCGUUUUUUCUCCGUACAAGGUUUAUCUAUUUUAUUUUAUGUUAUCUCUCGUUUUUCUCUUGCUCUUUUUCAAGUGCCUGUACAUCGAUUGUCUCUUCUAGAUUCUUUGUUUCCUAUUGUUUAUAUAGAUAACCUUUCUUUUGAAAAGAAACUUAUAAAGUAAACAAAUAAAUAAACAAUUUCUUAUUUAAAUUGUCUGACUAUUAAACUAAUUAACAAUUAGUAGUAACAUAAAUGUUUAUAUAAUAAUUAAAAAAAAGACAAAAUUAUUUAAAACCACGACCAAAAGUUUAUAGUGGAGAAUUCAUUUGAAAUUGAUGCAUUUAUAACAUUGAUCUGGAUAUUUUUGUUAGUUUAAAAUGAUUGGAUUGUACAGACUGAAGGUCAAACUAUAAAUCAAAUUAUCUUUUUAAAACAAUAUUGAAAUUUCAAUAUUGAACUGUUACUAAAAAGAGAUAAGAUUCAUUAACUUGUUUAAAGCAAAGCCACAAAUGAAUCUAAACUUUUGUUAUUUAUUCAAAGUUAUCUGUAUGGAAAACAAAAUCUAUUUGUCUAUUCAGUGUAACAUUUUACUGUUCACAACUUAUUUCGAUUCUCUAAGAAACUUAGUAUUCUAUCUUUUACAAUUUUCUGUUUCAGAAAGCCAAGAACAAGUGAAUAUGUGUUUUAUUAUAUUUCGUGACUUUAUAUUAUGAUAAAUUCAUUAUUGAAUACGAGGUGGAUAUUAAUAUGUUUAGGUUUUGCGACUAAAGUAAUAUGUACAGUUCAUCGAGAUGUUAUUUCAUUGUUCAAGUUUUUUAACAUUAGUCUAUUGAUACUAUAGAACUGUCCUCAUCUAAUAUGAUCAGAUCAUUUCAAAUUUAGCUUAAUUCAUGUAGCACUGAUUCGGGCUAGAACUUCAAGUAAUAAAUCUCAAAACCUAAGUUUACUAUUGACUAAGUGAUUAUGCAGAAGAGAUCUUUUGUUGGCUACGUAUCUCGGUUACAU